CCAAACGCAACACCCGUGACCUUGCUUGCCGGCCGUGAUGACCUCCAAAGCGCUUGAGACAGCCAUUGGUGCUUGGCGUUUGGACAAUCAGCCGGAUGGUGUCACAGACAUGCAAAACUGAACCAAGGCUGACGUACGAGUUGCUCCUUCAUUCCCAAAAGACCCGAAGCAGCCCAAGUAAGAAAGCAAGCAGCGGGGCAGAGCCGACCAUGGCAGCGACAGACGCGACACAGACGCCGGACGUGGACUACGUGCUCGUGGACUUCGAGCCACUGCACAAGCAGCGCUGGCGCAGCGACACCGUGCGGCUCGUGUGCGUGCAGUUCCCGCCGCACACGCAGAGUCUGUGGCACAAGCACCUCAACUACGGCAUCUACGUGGUCAUGGCGCCGCUCAGCGUGACGGAGCAGCCGCACGGCCAGGAGCCGCGCCCGCUCGUGCAGGACAAGGGCUCCGUCUUCUGCCGCGACCACACCAAGGACAAGCUGCUGCACGUCAUCACGAGCCACGAGACGCCGCUCUUCAUCGUGGAGGUGGAGCUGCUCAAGAAGAAGGAGGACGUGGUGGCGCACGACCACGUGACGCCGCACGCCGCCGUGGGCGUCGAGCUGCUGAACAACGAGCCCGAGUGCCGAGUGUACCGCCUCACACUGGGAGACGAAGAUCAGUCGACCACCGAGAUCUCGCUCAACCUGCCCACGGGCGCUGUGCUCGUCGUGCUGGACGACUGCGAGGUGGAAGUCACCAAUGAAUCAGAGGACCCCAAGGUCGAGGCGGAGAGGAAGCUGGCGCUGAAGGUGGCGGACGACGUCCAGCUCACCGCUGGGAAAUUCAACAUCAAGCUCGCGUCCCCCAGCGCCAAGAAGGCGCAGUUCAUUCUGGCCGAGGUCUACUAAAUUGCUCGUUCAUGGCAUGGAGGUGGCGGGCGACUUGGGAUCUAAUGAAGCACCAAGUUGGCGGCCAAAGCAACACAAGGAACGAGUCACCAGCGGCAAAGCUGGCAGUGUAGCAAAGUAUGUGUACGGAACUGCAGGGCUUUAAACUGCUUUAUCAGUGUAGCUAAUCUACUCUUUAUUGAUGCAACUC